GGAGAGGUACGCCACUCUCUUGCUCACUCUUACUCUCUCUCUCUCUCUCUCCCGCUGUACUUUAAGAGCUUUACCGCUUCAGCCAACAUCCUGAAGCAGGCCACUCUCCACUCCACACCUCCUUUCCCCUCUCCUCCGUACCGGCACAUGGACUCCAGCAGCCUGAAAAUACGGCAGUGAGGAAAGAAAACUUUUCAGAAGAGAGAUAAAUGGUGGGAGGGAGGUCUGCUGUUGGCUUCCUGUGCUGAGCUGCACGCACUGGCUCAGUGUUGGAGUUACAAUAGGAAACAAUCCUCUGUUUCCUGAGUGUGUGUGUGUGUGUGUUUUGUACGCCCUCACAACGAACAGCGGGAGCACGAGCUGGGCUGAAGAAGACUACUGGAUGCAGGAGCAGAGAGGAGGACCAGCCAAAAGAGGCAGACCAGCACGAGUUGGACUGAGAGGACAGGAGAAAGACAGUUAGCAAGAGACAGAAAGAGAUACAUAAGACAAAAGGACAAAACUCCCGUGACCCACAACGCUGCCAGGUCGUGCUACCUCCUCCCUCCCCCUCCCCCUCUUUUUUACCCUGACAUGGGCCGCCUGCUGGCCCUGACCCUCGCCUACCUGGCCUACCUGCUGGCCACCGCGAUUGGCUCAGAGCGCCAACAGCACCGCGUGCAGCACGGCCCCUGCAGCUACACCUUCAUCCUACCCGAGGUGGAGCACUGCAAACCCUUACGGGACUUCCAGGUCACCAACACCCUCCAGGGGGACUCCCCACCUGAGGCAGAAGCAGACACAAGCCAGUCCAAGCAAAGCAAGGCCCAAAGGGAGAGGCCUUCCUGGCAGGAGAGGAAGCUGGAGAGUCUGGAGAGCGCCAUGGAGAACAACACUCAGUGGCUGCAGAAGCUGGAGAACUUCAUCCAGGAGAACGUGCGCUCUGGGAUGGAGGAAAUAAAGAGGACUGCGGUGCACACCCAGACAGCUGCCAUGUUGGAGAUGGGAACCAACCUCCUCAGCCAAUCAGCGGAGCAGACUCGCAAACUGACAGACGUCGAGACCCAGGUGUUAAACCAGACGAGUCGCCUGGAGAUCCAGCUGCUAGAGUAUUCGCUCUUCACUAACCGGCUGGAGAAACAUAUUCUCCUGCAGACUCAGGAGAUCUCACGGCUCAGUGAUAAAAACAGUUUUCUGGAACAGAGGCUCCUGGCGCUGGAGGCUCGGAACGGGAGGGAGCUGCAGGGCUUGCAGAGUGAAAAGCAGCAGCUUCAAGAGCUUCUGGAGAGGCAGAGUCGAUUAGUCAGUCAGCUUCAGGGCGAGCUGGGAAGCUCCACGCUCAACAGCACCUUACUACAGAGACAGCAGGCCAUUCUCACCGGCACCGUUCAGCAGCUGCUGGCUAUGGUCAAUAACUGCAAUGAAAUCUCCAAUAUGCCCAAGGAGGAGCCGCUUAGUUUCCGAGACUGCGCCGAGAUCCUGCGAUCUGGAGUGAAAGAGAGUGGAAUAUACAGCAUACGCCUGCACAACUCCACGCGCACUGUCAAGGUGUUCUGUGACAUGAAGACCAGAGGCGGGGGCUGGACAGUGCUGCAGCAUCGCCGAAACGGAUCUGUCGACUUUCAUCGUGGAUGGAGGGACUACAAAGUGGGCUUUGGAGAGCCGUCUGGGGAACACUGGCUGGGAAAUGAUAUCAUCCACAAGCUGACCAGCGCGAAGGAAUAUGCUCUGCACGUCCAGCUAAAAGACAGAGAGGGGAAUGAAGCCUUCUCACAUUACGAUCGCUUCUACAUAGACGGGGAGAGCAACAACUACAGCCUUCACGCCGAGGGCUUCAGUGGCACAGCCGGACGGACCAGCAGCCUAACCCACACCGGCAGCCAGUUCAGCACCAAGGACAGAGACAACGACCGCUGCACCUGCAAGUGUGCUCAGCUCGCUUCAGGAGGAUGGUGGUUUGAGGCUUGCGGCCCGUCCAACCUGAACGGCAUAUAUUACCCCGCCUCCUCCAGCGAGGUCCGCUACAACGGUAUCAAGUGGUACUACUGGAAGGGUCCCAAUCUGAUGGCUACCAUGACAACCAUGAUGGUGCGGCCGGCUAACUUCUGAUGGCCCGUCGUCGGUUUCAAAAUAAGAAGUGACUGUCAUCCCCUGGAAAAUAUAAUGAACACUAUGAAGGAAGAGGUGUAUUUUGGGAGGGAUCUCGAAGCGGCGGAUUCAGCUUCUGGACAUCUUUAGCAGUCGCCUGGGGACACAUGCAGACUCUCAGCAAAUGACUGUGUUUUCGGUGAAUUUCUGAGUGAGGAAUUCCACCAACUAAAUCUACUCACAGAGGUACCCAGGCUAUAUUUUAAUAAGGGUUGUUCAGCAGUGAAAGGAUGAAGACGAAGGGUAUGAGCUUCGCUACAGACACAAUAUCACAAAUCAAAACAAUGCAGUCGCAGACUAGUUACUCAAACACAAAACGUGAAUCACCUAAUACAUGGAUUAACCUUUUGAAACGCUAUAGAAACAUUUGUUUUAAUAUGAAAAUAUAAGCACUUUUCUCAUGUUUUUUGUCUAUUUUUUCCAGCCUAAUCUGCAAAGAUCUACAACUUUUUUUUAUUUUUAAAUGUUUGCUUUAAAAGUUUCAUUUAAUUUCACACUGAAUGUUGUGUUAACUUGGAAUUUGGUAGUAGUGAUUUGUUUACUCGUCUGUUUAAAAGUGUGUUAAAGUGUAGCUUAUUAGCAGUUUAACGUACAGUGACAGCCUUGAUGCCCUUUGAUGCCAUGUCUUCCAAAGCACUUUUCAGAAUGAAAUAUCUGUGAUUCUCUCCAGGCAAACCUCUCAUAAGACGUUACUUGUGAGAGAUUCCGCUCAUAAAAGCAUAUCCUACACUUUGA